GAUGGACACCGGGCCCUUCAAGGCUGCUAAGGAUGCAUACGUUGCUGCUGCUUCCUCCUACACAAGGUGGUUGUUCGGAGGAGGCGGAGGAGGCGCUGGAAGGAACUUGACCAAGAUGUCUAACAACCUGUAUGCCGAAGCCAAGACCACAAGGAGAGGAAGGAAGUAAACCCAGAUGAUGUGAGAACAACGAGAGAUGUUGUGCAAAGAUAUGAGGCACAGCAUUCCAACCACAAGAGAUUCUGCUCAUCUGGCAUCUAUGAGGUUAAUCGUGACAAUAAAUAUAAUAGUUUGCG